CAAAAGGAGACAUUUGUCAAUGUAUGAUACUAUUGAAGGCUUUUUGCGAACACAAAACAACUUCAUGCCAAUCAGAUAUAAUUACUCCCACAUAAAGAGAAUGACCAGAGGGUUCAAAGAGAAAUUAGGUGAGGGAGGUUAUGGCAGUGUAUACAAAGGAAAGCUUCAAAGUGGAAGAGAUGUAGCAGUGAAGAUGUUGAGCAAGCCUAAAGCUGGUUGUCAAGACUUCAUGAAUGAAGUGGCUACCGUUGGAAGGAUUCAUCAUGUCAAUGUGGUCGGACUCGUGGGGUAUUGUGUUGAAGGAACAAAGCGUGCUCUUAUAUAUGACUUCAUGCCCAACGGAUCACUCGAUAAGUACAUCAACACCAGUCAAGAAGGAAGUCCUCUGUUAAGUUGGCAGAGGAAGUUUGACAUUAUUCUUGGAGUGGCUUGAGGAAUUGGGUAUUUGCAUCGUGGCUGUGAU